AAUAAUAAACCACGUUUUCAUAACUCUACAGCAGAUUCCCGCGAAAUAUCCUUCCAAUCACGUGCUUUUUAAUUUUAGCCACCAAAAAAUCUUUCACACACGUUUGCGUCACCUAUACAUACACUGAAUCCACACACACCAAUCCUCCUAUAAAUACAAUUCCCCCAAUCUUCACACACUUCAUUGUUUUUCUCUCUCUCUCUAUUUUUUCUUUAAAUUAAAAUUAAAUUAUUCAAACAGGAAUCGAAGAAAAGAGAAGAAAAAAAAAACCCAAUUUUUGAUUUGAUAGAUAUGGAUUGGGUGCGCGGUGAAAAAUUGGGUCAUGGGAGUUUCGCCACCGUGAGUCUGGCGGCGCGGAGGAGCUGCGGCGGCGGCGAGAGUGCUUCUCUGCCUCCAUUAAUGGCGGUCAAGUCUUGUGGGGUUUCUCACUCUUCGUCUCUUAUGAGCGAGAAGCUUAUUUUGGAGGAAUUUGAAGGCUGCCCGGAAAUAAUAACUUGCUUCGGCGAGAGAUUUUCGAACGAGAACGGCGAGAAGUUGUAUAACGUGCUGUUGGAGUACGCCGCCGGCGGCUCUCUGGCAGAUAAGCUCGAGGGUUCCGACGGUCGGCGGUUGCCGGAAUCCGAAGUCCGGCAGUACACCAAGGCUUUGCUUAAAGGGCUUCACUAUAUCCACAAGUAUGGAUACGUCCACUGCGAUAUCAAGCUUCAGAACAUCCUCCUCUGCCGCGACGGCGGAGUCAAGAUCGCCGAUUUCGGACUCGCGAAGAGGGCCGCCGCCGUGGGAGGCGAUUCUCGCCGGUGCGAGCUGCGGGGGACGCCGAUGUACAUGUCGCCGGAGAUGGUCUCCGGCGGCGAACAGGGUGCUCCGGCGGAUAUUUGGGCUCUCGGGUGCGUGGUGUCGGAGAUGGUCGCCGGAUCUCCGGCGUGGAGAUGCUCCGACGUGGCUGGGCUUCUGAUGAGAAUCGGCGUCGGCGAGGAGGUGCCGGAGAUUCCAGGAAUCUUAUCAAAGGAAGGAAAAGAUUUCCUCGGAAAGUGCUUCGCUAAAAACCCCACCGAAAGAUGGACGGCUGAGAUGCUCCUAAACCACCCCUUUGUCCAAGAUCAAUAUUCCGAUUUCGGCGGCGCCGCCGCCGAAGAAAAGAUUAAGACAACCUCAACUUCUCCGAGAUGCCCAUUCGAUUUCCCGGAAUGGGUUUCGUCAGCUGCGUGUUCAAUUACGUCUUUGCCCUCGACGGUUGAUUUUCCAGAAUCUGGCCUAUGGUUCACCGAGGAGUCAAUUUUGAAGGAAGGGUCGUCGUGGUGGUCCUCCACCGCUUCCACGGCGGAGCGGCUGCUUGAGCUGGUCACCGAACAAGUACCUGAUUGGUCUGUUAGCGACGAUUGGGUCACCGUCAGGUGACGGUAACGGAGAUACAAAUAUUUAGUCAAUUUUUAUUACUAGGAAACAGACAAGUCAGCAUCAGAUUUUUAUUUUUUUUAAAGAUCUUCUGAUUUUCUGAUUAGAUUUUUCUUUUUUUACUUUAUUCACUUUAAUUUCAGUUAUAAAUUUGUGUAGAUACAUAGAAUUUAAGCAGAAAAAGGCUCCAAAAUCUGAGCCGCAGAGUGUACAGUGAUAUACUUUAGUUUUGUAGUAAAAGAUUGCGGUAUGAGAUUAAUUCAUUUAAUAUAAUUUAUUCUAUU